UCAGUUUAAAGUGCCAGAGGUCCGCUUUCAUGGGCACAUCUUGUCCUCCACCGGAUUGAAAGCGGAUCCUGAAAAAGUGAGGCUGUCUUGGAAAUGCCCCACCCAUCUGACGUGAAGGGAGUGCAGCGCUUUGUCGGAUUCGUCACCUGCCUGGCCAAAUUCUACCGCGGCUCUCUGAAGUGUGUGAGCCACUAAGGAGGUCAUGGACAAGGACACCAUCUGGCAUUGGCUCCCAAAACAUGACGCAGCGGGAGGGAAAUAAAACAACUGGUACCCAGACACCUGUACUGCGAUACUACAAUGUGUCAAAACCUGUCACGAUUCAGAGUGACUCAAGCCAGUAUGGACUUGGCUGUUGCCUCAUGCAGGAGGGCCAGCCUGUGGCAUUCGCCUCUAGGGCACUCACCCCAACAGAGCAGAACUAUGCCCAGAUAGAGAAGGAGUGCCUCAGCAUUGUGUUUUGGCUGCACGCUCCACCACUACCUGUACGGGCGCGACAAUAUUACCGCAGAGACAGAUCACAAGCCCCUUAUUGCUAUAUUCAGCAAGCCUCUUCUGAAUGCCCCAAAAUGACUGCAGAGCAUGCUACUGGCCCUACAAAACUACAACCUCAAGGUGGUGUAUAAGCCAGGGCCAGAGAUGUAUGUGAGUGACACGCUCAGCAGGGCUACUGCAUCAGGCACUCACACACGCUCCAUGCAUGAACAACACGCAGUGUGCAGUUUACAAACAGAGCAAGUGGAUGUUGAACACAUCAACCAGGCUGACUACCUCAAUGUUACGGACCAGUGCCUAAUACAAAUCAGACAGCACACAGACAGGGACGAGCAACUCCAGGCAUUGAGGUCUGUGAUUCUGAUGGGCUGGCCCGACUUCAAGGAAGAAACUGCUUUAGCCGUCAGAAUAUUGGCCAGUCAAAGAGGAGCUCAGUGUUCAAAACGGAGUAAUCUUCAAGUGUCAGAGAGUCGUUAUUCCCCGGUCUCUGCGUCCUGAGAUGUUGGCGCGCGUGCACUCAAGUCACAUAGGAGGUGAGGCCUGUUACAGACAAGCACGUGACACACUGUAUUGGCCAGGAAUGCAGAGUGAAAUCAAAGACUAUGACAGUAAAUGCACAAUCUGCAAUGAAUAUGCCAUUGAGCAACAGAGAGAGACGAUGAUGUCCCACGAGCUACCGAUGCGCCCCUGGCAGAUAGUAAGUCUAGAUCUCUUCCAGCACAGUGGCAAAGACUUUCUGCUGGUAGUCGAUCAUUACUCAGACUUUUGGGAGAUUGACCCCGACCUCUCAGCAGAGACAACGAUCAAAUGCUGCAAGGCUCAGUUUGCCCGCUAUGGCCAGCCAGAUAGGGUAAUUUCAGACGAUGGACCCCAAUUCUCCGGAGUUGAGUUCCGAAAAUUUUCUGCAGGAUGGGAAUUCGAGCACUUUGUCACUUCAUCACCAUGACACCCAAAAGCUAAUGGGAAGGCGGAGUCCGCAGUAAAAAUCGCAAAGAACGUCUGCAAAAAGGCUCUGCAAGAGGGCAAAGAUGCCUGGAAAGCAAUCCUGCAGUGGCGCAAUACCCCGACAGAAGGCAUGGAUAGCAGCCCGGCCCAGUGCCUCAUAGCACGGCGCUUAAAAGCAGCUCUGCCAGAUUCCAGCACUCUCCUGGAGCCAUGUGUGGUGACAGACAUGCUGGUGAAGCUACGUCACAGAAGACAGGUCUCCAAGUUCAUCUAUGACAAAUCAGCAAAAGACUUACCUGAGCUCAGGGUGGGUGAAACGGUGCGAAUGAAGCCACUACCAGGGGACCGGACGGGCCUCUGGAGACUCGGAUCCUGUGUACAGAAAGKGGCACCACGCUYCUACUUGGUCGAAGUGAAUGGAUCACUGUACCGUCGCAACAGGGUUGACCUUCGGAUUGCUGAGCCAGCACCUACUCAGAACCCUGAUGGUCAAAGGGGUCGCAUGAGAAAAGACGGAACCCCAGCAAGUCACAUGGGGCCUGAGGCACUGGGCAAAGAGCCAGGGCAUCACAGGUCGGCCGCUCCUUCGCCCAUCAAUACUCCCCUUAGACAGUCAGGUGACACGCCUGUGCGGGAACCUGCAGUCCUCGCAGACAAGCCCCCUGUCUUUUCACACUGCGGGCAUCUGUCCCAGCCACCAAAAAUACUUAAUCUGUAGGUUUCCCAUCAGGGAUUGUUGACAGACAGAGAUAAAAGUGAAGAGAGUAUCAAAAUGUGUUGUUGUUACCUGAGGAGAAGAAAGAAAAAAAAACUAAACUGUUCAUGUUGGAAMUUAUUACUAGGUUUGUUUUGUUAGUGAAUGGACACCUCCUGUCCUAUUUUAUUAAAGGGAAGAUGUUAUGGGUGUAAGAUGGCACAGUGAUGCCAUCAGUUGGUAAAUGUUCAUUACUGCAACUCAUGUGUUUUAUCGGUGUGCUUGAGAUACCCGUAUGUAUUGUGAUGUACGGAACAAGACUGGUUACUCGCA